CUCAGGUCUGUUAACUCGACCGUCUUUUCAGUGAUGAAACAACUUUGGGAAUUAUGGACAAAAACAUUGGAGAGCAGCUUAACAAAGCGUAUGAAGCCUAUCGCCAAGCCUGCAUGGAUAGAGACCAUGCUGUGAAAGAACUCCAGCAAAAAACAGAAAACUACAUGCAGCAAAUACGUGAACAGCAGGAAAAGAUAGAGCUUCAGAACAGCAUUAUUGCAAAACUGAAGUCACAGUUAGCUGCUCUGAAUGCUAAUAGAGGUAAUGCGCAUCCCUAUAUUCUGAUGCACGAAGACAUCGAAACCUCCAACUUAUCUUUCAGCCAGCUCGCUGAGAAACUGAACCUAGCAAAGCAAAGAGAAAAGCUCUUAAAGGAAGAGUUAGAAAAUGAGAGAAUGAAAUUGAAGCAACUUGAGGACAAAAACAAUCAAAAGGAAAGGAAGCUUAUAUGUAUUAUUUCCAACCAAGAUGAUAAAAUAAGAACUCUGAAAAGCAAACUGAAAGAAUUAAAUGAAGCACAAAAGGGUAUACAAAUGCCAACUUACAGAAGGGAGGUGAAAAGUAAGGAAGUUGUUCCAGAUAAGCCUGAAUUAUCUCUAGGGAUCUCUGGUAUUUCACUAAUGACUGAAAGGGAGAAUCUGGAGACUUUUUUCCAGGACAUGAAAGAAGAGUGCCAUCAGAUACGUAUGCUAGCCAGAGAACAAACAGACCAACUGAGUAAAUUCAAGAUAAAGCCAGAACCUGAAACUGAAAUACAGUUUUCCAUGCCGAUACAGUGUACUGAUAAAACUGAUGAACAAGCAGAAGAGCUUUUUAAGCCUCGGGUUAUAAAGGAUAUAAAUAGAGGUGCAUCAUGCAUCACAUCUAUCACACCAAGAGGAGUGGGCCAAGAUGAGGACAACAACUCUGUAGAAUCACUUUCUAAAUUUAAUGUCAAGUUUCCACCUACAGACAAUGACUCUGCUUUCUUGCAGAGCACUCAGGAAAAACCAACAGUUUCUUGUACCGGUAUAGCUGAAAACAUGCUUCAAGAUCAUCAUUUUAACCUAGAGCACAGAGACCGUGCUGUUAACCUGAGUAAAUUGGAACCCAACUCAUUUGAAGCUCGUGGAGUUGAUCUCAUGACCUCGGCUUUACAAAGUUUGACAACUGUUGACAAAAUAACCCCCCCAAACCAUGCAAACAUGCCCAUAGAAAAUACCCAUGACAAAACAUGUUUAAAAACAACAGACAUUGCCUUCACAUUUGUACCUAAGCACACAAACCAGGGUGUACCUGAAGGAAUUUUUUCUUCUUUAGAAGCUGCUGGGACAACUGUCAGAGGUCCUCAUCAGCUUGUUUGGCAGCCUCGAGACAAUGAUUUGCUGGCACAAGUUUAUACAGACUCUGAACUGAAUCAGUGUGGAAUAUGUGAAUUCUGUCGAGAAGUUUUCCCACCAUCUAUAACAUCUAAGGAAGAUUUUCUUCGGCAUCUGAAUUCCCACUUUAAAGUACAGUCUUAAUGUAUGAGAAUUCAAUGGAUCACUUGUUUUUGCAUACAUUUGAUUUUUUUUUUAGUCAAUAGAUAGGCUAAGAUUUUUAGAAUUAAGACUUCUUGUAACAAGAACUCAUGACUGAAAUUGUCAGAUAAGCACAUUUUUAAUUGUCCUUUGACAAAGUAAAAUGAAACUGUGUAUCACUCAGAACUGUAAUUCACAUUAUUGCUUGCUAUGCUUCAAUAUUACCUCUGAGAUUGAUGUUAAAGACCUUUUUUUUUUUUUUUCUUUUUUUUUUUUUCAGUUAAUUGUUGCCUGAAUAGGCCCAAAGUUAUAACUAUAUUGGUGAGUGUGGCCUUGCAGGAUUAAUGCCUUAAUCUCUCUGGGAAAAUCGGUGUAAUGCUGGGAUUUCUCAAUAUCCAGUGAUGUGAUUAUGUUCUCCUUGAAGCGAACAGGAAGAGAACUAGGGUCUCAUUUUUCAUUUCUAUUAUAAAAUUU